CAGUUUUGAUGAAGCGAGCGAACAUUACAAGAAAGGAUGAAAGUGAAAUUACAUUAUGACGUCAAUUGUCAAAAAGGUUUUACGAACGUCUGGUAAAAAGAAAAAGAAUAACAAUUCUGAAAAAAGAAGGGCGUCCGUGCCCGAGAGUCCACCAUCCCCUGAUUUAACGGGACUAAAUCCAGAAGAAAUAGCCAUCCUUAAAGAUGUCCUGAAACGGCAAGAGGAGUUUGAGUCUGAGGAAGUAGGCAGACAAAGACGGCUUCGUGAACAUUUGAUAACUUACGAAGACGAGGUUAAAAGACAUGCGAGUCAGAAAAGCAAGUUUAAGAAUGUUGACCUUCGCCUUUGUAGACUCUGCUUCAAAACCAAGUUUGCUGACGGUAUCGGGAAAGCUUGCUCCGACUGUCACAAACGUGUUUGUAAUAAAUGCGGCUCCUUCUCACAAUCAACAUGGAGUGCAAAGAAAAAUAAGAUAGUGAAAGGUAAAUGGCGAUGUAACAUGUGUCAGAUGAAGAGAGAUGUCGUAGCUAAAACAGGUGUCUGGUAUCAUGGAGAUGACGGACCUGUUAUACCAUCUCAGAAGUUCAAAACCAAACUGAGCAUCUCUGAAAUUGACUCUUCUGAAAAUGACGGUCAGCAUCAAUUCUCAACCACCGAUCAGACGCCGGAGAACGAGGACAGGGGGGAAUCAGACGUUUUUUCUGAAGAAUGUUCAGGUACAUCACGACUAAAAACAACCAAAAGGCCUCCCAAAUCAUGUUUACGGCGCCGUAGUAUCUCUCAGUCUGAAGUAGAUGAUGAAAUUGAUGACGGAAUUGAUGAUGAAAUCAAUAUAGAACAGUUUCAGAAAGAGCGGCAGUUAUGUCGUAUGCAAAGGCAUAGUAAACGAUCCAGAAGGAGACUUCGAAGUGGGAGUAUGUCUGAAUGGAGUUCUUGUAGUAAAGACGGAUACACGGACAAUGAGAAAACGAAAGAUGUAUCCGGAAGUGACGUCGUCGCACAAGAAAACAGUUCCACGGAUUAUUAUCAAUCUACGGACCAAGAUCGUUAUUCUCACAGCGACAGAUCACCUGAUGUUAAAGCAAAAAGUUAUCGUUCUUCAAAACGAACACCAUCAAUUAUGAGUCUUGAGGAAAAUGUGCGCCAUCGUGAAGAUGGUGCAACAAGACAUUCGAGUCGUUCACUUUUCCGACAGAAACAUUCUUUAGAUUAUAUGUGUGAUCCAAGAAGUGCAAGUCACGAAGAACAAAGCCCAAGUAGAUUAGAUAGACGAGAUGGUGCUUCAAACAGUGAAUCAAAACCUGCUUCUAGAAAUAAUAGUGUCGAAUCAAUUAGACACAGACGUCAGAAGCAUUCCGCAUUACGUCACCAACAAUCAAAUGACAACAUGCCAAUCAUCGAAAUUUCAAAAAAUCAAACUGAUGAUGUGCCUUCUAUAAAUAGCUCAAAGGAAAAUCUUCAUAAAAGGAAUAAAUCCAGUGGAUUUUAUUUAGACAACAGUCAUUCAAGCGAAAGGGAGCAAUAUGCUUCAGGAUAUCCAUGUGAACCUCGCAUAUCACGUGACUCAGUUUCUUCUCAAGAUUCUAAUUUAUACCGAGAAUCUCGUUUCUCACGAGAAUCGUGUACGUCAUAUGACUCUAUCGACAUGUCACCGGUACCUAUUGCUGGAACAGCGAGGCGAAAGCUAGAGAGACAGAAUGAGACAUGUUAUAGCAGUUCAUCAAGUAUUUUCUCUGACAAUAAACCAUAUCAUACGAAUGAAACGGCUCAAUUUGAGUUCUCUGAUGUAUCUCCGUCCAAAGUUGAAAGUGUUCAGGAUGAAAUAGAAAGACAAAAGUUUGCUCAAAAGUUACCACGGAAUAUGAAGAAAGGGCUCACUGCCAACAGGCUUUCAUCAAAUAGUCUUUCUCCUGAUAUGGCCUUACACAGAAGUCAUCGAGAAAAAAGUAUUAUUAUAAUUACAGGACAAUCGAGUCAUUCUCCGUCAAGUUCACACCAAAUUAUCAUUCAUCGAAAUAAGCGAGAUCACUCCAUAAGAACGCAAGGUUUAGGAAUGCGCGUUGUCGGAGGAAAACGAGCGUCUAAUGGUCGUCUGUGUGCUUACGUCACUAUGGUGUCAAAAGAAGGUCCGGCAGAUAGGCAGGGUAUAGCCGAAGGUGACCAAGUGUUGGAAUGGAACGGCAGAUCGUUACUCGAUGUUACAUUUGAAGAGGCUCAAGAAAUUAUCAACCAGUCAGGAAGCAUUGUUCAGCUUUCUAUAAUUCAUGGGGCUCUGAAAAGUGGUAGUAACCAAAGUUUGAGAAGAAAUCAUCCCAUAAUUAUUAAAUCCGAGACUGUGCCGAUGGAAGGUUCCUUGCCACCAGAUACGCUUACGUUUGCUCGCCCUAAACGAAGAUUGCUACCUAAAACUCCUGUUGAAAUAAAAAGGGACGUAAAGAAAAUAAACGGGCGAUUAUGGCUACAGAUUGACUAUGACGUCAACUGUAAUUGUUUACUUGUUGUAUUACUACGGGGUGAGGACAUUCUUUCCGAGACUCAUGGUGAAGGUCAUGACCCCAACGCCUUGGCUAUGUUACAUCUUCUUCCAAACAGACACGCCCACGAAGCCAAAGAAAGUGACAUCAAACUGAAUACCAAAGAUCCAAACUGGAAUGAAACAUUUGUCUUCGCAAAUAUAGAUCAAAACCAGCUGAAAUGUUUGGCCCUGGAGGUAACGGUGUGGAACUUCCGGGAACCGGAGGAUGAAUUUCUCGGCGAGGUACUGCUUGAUCUCGGAGAAGUCAAGAUAGACAAAUCUGUGAAAUGUUACCAUUUAGAAGAUCACGACGAGAAUAGCUCCCCUUUACCUUACCGGAAAAAGUCGUUUUCUUUGUCGGACUCGGCUGUUAGUCCUGUAACAUCUAUCGACACGUCUAGUUAUUACCCGAGCCGUGAUCCUAGCAGGGAUCCAUCUCCCAGGUCGUCCGUGUCAGUAGCCGGCAAGGAAGCCAACGCACGCAAAUUGUCACUUACACCAGCACACGAGAAAAUAAAAGAGUUCCUAGUUCAAGGGAAAAGAAGCCCAUCCUCGUCCACGCCCCCUAGCACCGGCUUAAGCAGAAGUCGCAAACAUUUUGCCGAACGAUAUGAGCUGUUGGCGCCUCCCCACCCAUUGAACCUUUCCAACAGUCCUGUAAACACAUUUUUUGAUGACAGGGAAUCAUCUAGAAGUCCUAAUCCUGACAGACCAGCACCGGAAGGAGAUGAUAUUACCUCCCUUCUUGGACCUGGACAAAUACCUCCUAAACCUUCAUACGAGACGAAUGUGCGUGGUGAUAUAAAGAUGGGUUUUAUGGUAUCGAAAGGUCAGCUUGAAAUUGAUGUUGUUGUCGUUAAAGGCUUGAUGAAAUCUGGGCUUGCCACUCCACCAGAUACUUAUGUUAAAACGUAUCUGGUAGAAGGGUCCAAGACUGUACAAAAGAAGAAGACACAAACUGUACGGAUGAGUUAUGAUCCAAUAUUUAGGAAAACAAUUCGAUAUUCUGCCUGUAAUAUACAUGGUCGCUAUAUAAGGGUUAAUGUUUGGGAUAAACAAAAGACGUUUGACAAGAAGCAAUGUCUCGGUGAAGCAGUGGUCAAACUGGACAGCUUGGAUUUAUGCCAGCAUACGAUGGCCUGGUACAAGUUAUUUCCCCUUGGAGCAGCUGAAAUAGGGAGCACCGAAUCACUGAACUUUUGGCCAGUACAUUAAGUGCUUUGAGAUACUUUCCUCCCUGGAGAAAUCUGCAAAACAAUGUCUUUUGCAUCCUCCAAUUUUCAUGAAUUAGGAUUUGUAAAAAGUGUAAAUAUAAUAAAAUACGCUCAAAUUUAAAUGAUAAUGUAUAAGUAAUAAACAAUAAAUGGUACAAGAUUUUAAAAACAAAUAUUGCAUUCAGAUUUCAUUUCAGUUUUGUAUCGGAUUAUCUUUUUUUUUCUGCUGUAGUAGUCAUGACUUGUUGCUAGUGUCCAUUUUUGCUCACUGGACAUUAUACGAAAUUUGCUGAAAUUCAAGCUAUAACUAUAAUAAUUUGUAUUGCAAGGUCGUUAUUACUAGUAAAUUUAACCAAUUUAGAAACAUAAACGUGCAGUUGAAUGCUAUUUUCAUUUCCAGUGCCUUUAUUUAUUCUGGCCAGAAUAAGCAUUGAUUGAUGCUGGCGGCCAUCUCUUCAAACAUAUAGGUUGUGAGACAUUCAUGUAUUUUUCUAGUGUAUCACGUGAUUGAAAUGUUAUACCGGAACUGGAACUAGUGUGUCACGUGAUUGAAAUAUAAUAGAAAUCCCACGACUUGAGUAAACAUAAGCUUACGGCGCCAUGAGGAAUUCGUUCAAAAAUUUAUGAGCAUAUCACGUAAAUUUGAGCAUAUCACUUUAUUUGCCAUCGAUUAUGGCAUGGUUAUAUGAAAAUAUAACAGCGAUUUACUGGACUCUGAUUUCUCGGAUUUUGAUGAGUAUGUCUCUUGUAGACAUAUAUCAAUAUAGAUAUUUUAAUUUGCUUUUUUAACCAUUACUGUUUAUGUCAAAAAAUUCUGUAUGCCGUAUACAUGAAACCAUUAAGAAAAUAUUGAGCUAAUUAAAGUUUUGCACACCACAUUACCAUUAAUAUCAUUUGGACUUCACUUAAUAAGGAGUAUAUGACUUUAAAAUAUACUUUAAAAUAUAGUAUGCUCAUC